CAGGUUCUGGACCAGAAGGAGCACAGGCUGGAUGGCCGUGUCAUUGACCCUAAGAAGGCCAUGGCUAUGAAGAAGGACCCGGUAAAGAAAAUCUUUGUUGGGGGUCUGAAUCCUGAAGCCACAGAGGAGAAGAUCAGGGAGUACUUUGGCGAGUUUGGGGAGAUCGAGGCCAUUGAGCUGCCAAUGGAUCCAAAGCUGAACAAAAGACGAGGUUUUGUGUUUAUCACCUUUAAAGAGGAAGAACCUGUGAAGAAGGUUCUGGAGAAGAAGUUCCACACGAUCAGUGGAAGCAAGUGUGAAAUCAAGGUGGCCCAGCCCAAAGAGGUCUAUCAGCAGCAGCAGUAUGGUUCCGGGGGCCGUGGGAACCGCAACCGAGGCAACCGAGGCAGUGGCGGCGGCGGAGGUGAGUGGGCUUGGAGGGUGGGGGUCAGAGUCAGAGUUGGAAUCAGGGCUACGGCAGCUACUGGAACCAGGGCUACGGCUACCAGCAGGGCUGCGGGCCCGGCUAUGGCGGCUACGACUACUCGCCCUAUGGCUAUUACGGCUACGGCCCCGGCUACGACUACAGCCAAGGCGGCACAAGCUACGGCAAGAGCCAGCGACGUGGCGGCCACCAGAACAACUACAAGCCGUACUGAAGUGGUGAGGAGCGACCAGCGGCUGCACACGUGCUUGGGGUGUAGAGUGAACACAAACGAUUAUGCACCAAAUUUAACUUGCAAACUUUCUACGGCCUGUCCCAUGUGCGUCUUAUUUAAAAUUCUUCCCCCGGAAAGCACUCUCCUGCUUACUGUUUCCAGAGCUCUAGUCGAGGCAGCGUGUGGUAUCUCAGGCCAGAGCAGCGUUAGGGGCUGAUUUGAUGCCCGGGCCACCCAGAACCAGACCAGCUGGAGGGGCGCUGUCUCCCGCUCCGCUCUGCAGCCUGGACCUGCGGACCCUGGUUGUAAAGGGUAAAACUGUAUCCUAGGAAACCGGCGUCACCUUUUCCCACCUUUUAAUUUUAUCUUAUUUGUGUCAUACAUUUCCUGUGAUGGAAGUGUUAAUUUUACUGUACUUUUUGGUACCUUUUGGGAAUCUAAUGUAUUGUAAGGUAUUUUACACGUGUCCUGAUUUUGCCACGACCUGGAUAUUGAAGCUAUCCAAGCUUUUGAAAUAAAAAAUUAAAAACCCCCAA